AUGUCUGUUGUACUUGAAACAACAUUAGGUGAUAUAAUUAUUGAUUUAUAUUAUGAUGAACGACCAAUAUCGUGUAAAAAUUUUUUAUAUUUAUGUGAAAUAAAAUAUUAUAAUUUUUGUUUAUUUCAUUCAAUACAAACAAAUUUUAUUGCACAAACAGGUGAUCCAACUGGUACAGGUCGUGGUGGUGAAUCAAUUUAUCGUGAAUUAUAUGGUGAACAAGCAAAAUAUUUUGAUAUGGAAAAAAAACCAUUAAUUAAACAUCGUAAACGUGGUACAGUAUCAAUGGUUAAUAAUUCAAAUAAUCAACAUGGUUCACAAUUUUUUUUAACAUUAUCAUCAGAUCUAGAUUCAUUAGAUGGUAUUCAUACAGUUUUUGGUGAAAUUGUUGAUGGUUGGGAUGUAUUAGAUAAAAUAAAUAUAGCUGUUGUUGAUAGAGAUUUUCGACCAUAUCAUGAUAUACGUAUUAUACAUACAGUUAUUUUAUCAAAUCCAUUUAAAAUUCCAUCAUCAUUAGAUAUACCAGAACGUUCACCAUCACCAACUAUUGAACGUGUUAAAUCAUCAAUGAUUACAUUUGAUGAAAUGUUUGAUGAAGAUCGAGUACAAGGAAAAACAGAAGAAGAAAUUAAAGAUUAUAUAGAAGAAAAAGAAGCACAAGCAAGAGCACAAAUUCUUGAACUUAUUGGAGAUUUACCUGAAGCUGAUAUAAAACCACCGGAAAAUGUUUUAUUCGUAUGUAAAUUAAAUCAAGUUACAACUGAUGAAGAUUUAGAAACAAUAUUUAGUCGAUUUGGUGAAAUUCUUAGUUGUGAAAUUGUACGAGAUAAAAAAACUGGAGAUUCACUUUGUUAUGCAUUUAUUGAAUAUGAAAAUGAAGAAGAUGCUGAACAAGCUUAUUUUAAAAUGGAUAAUGUACUUAUUGAUGAUCGACGUAUACAUGUAGAUUUUAGUCAAAGUGUAGCAAAAGCUAAAUGGGAAUAUGAUAAAAAACAAAGAAAACUCAAAGCACUUAAAGCUCGACGAUCAUCACCACCAUCACCGCCUCGAUCAUCUUCAUCGAAACGAGUGAAAUCUAAACGUUAA